CUUAAAUUAGAUAAUAACUGGUACUUAAUUAGAUAAAAAUGAGAUCAACAAGAUUAUAUUUUUUAUUAAUCCUACGUUAUACUUAUUUUUUAAUUUAGUUCCAUUAAAAAGUAGAAUACUUCAACAAUGUCUGUAGAAGGCAUAGAUUCCAUUCUUUCUAAGAACGUCCUUAAAGGAAAAAAAGUUUUAAAUGUGGAGGUUACUAAUCUAGUAGAACCUGGCGAAAAUUUUGGAGGUGAGCUCUUAAAGUUAAACAUCACAAGUGAAGACGAAGAAACAAAGUCCCAAGAUGUACUAAAUGCAGUAGCUAAAAAAAUUCCAGUUUUGGAAUUUGCCCAAGAAAUGUUUAACGUACAAAAAACAUUUAAGUCUGAAUUGAUAUUUUACGAAAAACUAGUACCUGCUUUUCAAGAAUUUCAAAAGGAAAAUAAUUUAAAAGAUAUAAUUAACUGUUUUGCUUUAUGUUAUGGAGGCAGACUUAAUGUAAAUGGAAGUGACAUUGUGGAUAGGGAUGCUCUGAUUUUAAUGGAAAAUCUAAAUAGCUCAGGCUAUAACAAUAUUGACAGAUAUAUUGGUUACAAUUUAGAAGAAGCUCAUGUUCUUCUAAAAGACUUGGCAGCAUUGCAUGCUAUACCGUUAGCAAUAAAGCUGAAGAAACCUGACUUUUUUCAAAUAGAAAUCAGACCAUUUUUAAACAAUGAGUUUAUCCAAAAAGACAAUGAUUCGUUUGGAGAUCCAAACGUUUUACUCCAAGAUAUUUUGUGCGAAUCUGAUAAGUGUGGCCCAUUGUUUUCAAGGGUUCUCAAAGUUUGGAACGAAUUUAAAAAACCGCAGAAAUAUCAAGUAAGAGAACCGUUUGCUACGUUUAAUCAUGGAGAUCUCUGGAUUAACAACGGUAUGAUGAAAUAUGAAAAUGGCAAACCUAUCAGUAACAAAUUUGUUGAUUUUCAAUGUUACGAUUAUAAGUCUCCAGCUAUCGAUCUUCUUAAUUUUUUAUUAACAAGUGUUAACACGGACGUUUUAAAAGAAGAGUUUGAUGGUUUGCUGAAAUUUUACCAUUCAGAAUUUGUUGAUAAUUUAAAAAAAAUGGGAUGUGACAUAGAACCUUUCAACUGGUACAAUUUCCAGGAAGAAAUAAAUGAAGAUGCUCAAAGGGUCUUUGCUUGGGCCACUUUUUUUGUAAUUUGUGUUGUUUUUGGACCAAAGAAUGUGCAAGAAUAUGAAUCUGAUUUCAGUUUUGACAAUAGAAGACAUAGAGAUGCUAUCAGAAAAUCGAUUACCCUUGAUGCCAAAGAGAAACUAUUUUUCAUUGUUCAAUAUUAUGCUAGGAAAAACUGGUUAUAAAUAAAAUACUUUU